CUCAAGACUGACUCCCAUGGCUGACUGGCUGGAGUCGUGUUCUCCCGGCCGGAAGGCCCGGGCUCCUCGCGCCUCCCGAAACGCCAAAGUUCUUAUAUUGUAGGCACUAAACAGACAAGAGCCUUGAAAUCAGAAGAUGCUUCUAAAAGUGGCUGGAUUUGUGGUUGGGGCAGGAGCUGGAAACACAAUCCAGGUCUACCACGUGGAUGCCAGGAACUCAACCCUUGAGCCAUCACUGCUGCCUCUCAGGGUCUGCAUUAACAGGAAGCUGGAGUCAGGAGCCAGAGGUGUCCAACCUGGGUACUCCAAUACAGGGCACAGGUCAUCUUAACUAGGAUCUCAACCGUUGACCAAAUGCCUGCCCCAAAUCAUACAUUCUCCACAACAAAAGAAGGCAGAACUAGAAGCAGCUGUGAGAAGGAAGAUUGAGUUUGAGAGAAAAGCUCUACGUAUUGUUGAACAGCUUUUAGAAGAGAAUAUUACAGAAGAAUUCCUAAUGGAAUGUGGAAUGUUUAUCACACCUGCUCACUACAGUGAUGUCGUGGAUGAGCGUUCUAUUAUCAAACUCUGUGGCUACCCUUUAUGUCAAAAGAAACUGGGAAUUGUACCAAAACAGAAAUAUAAAAUUUCUACCAAAACCAAUAAAGUGUAUGAUAUUACUGAAAGAAAGUGUUUUUGCAGCAAUUUUUGUUACAAAGCCUCUAAGUUUUUUGAAGCACAAAUUCCUAAGACUCCAGUAUGGGUUCGAGAAGAAGACAGCCAUCCCGAUUUUCAGCUGCUAAAGGAAGGACAAAGUGGCGAUUCUGGAGAAGAAGUACAGUUGUGCAGUAAAGCCAUCAAAACAUCAGAUAUUGAUAAUCCUGGGCAUUUUGAAAAGCAGUAUGACUCUGGUUCGUCUAGCACUUAUAGUGACAGUGCCAGUGAUAAUGAGCAAGACUUUGUGUCCUCUGUUCUACCAAGAAACAGACCAGAUGAAAUGUGUGCAAGGCCACAGCUGCACAAAAAAAGCAUAAUGAAAAAGAAAGCUGGUCGAAAAGCAGACUCCAAACACAUAGACACAGACCAGAGGAUAGAAGAUAUCACUGGGCAGUUAGGCAAUUGCAGAUUAGAUAGUCAGGAGACACCUGCUGCUUGUGAACUUCCUUUACAGAGAGUAAAUACCCAGAUUUCUUCACACAGUCCUUUGCAAGAAGAACUAAAAGCUGUAGAAAAUUCUGACAGUAAAUACACUACAUCGGAAAUAACUCUAGUGGGCAUAAGUAAGAAAAGUGCUGAGCAUUUUAAGAGGAAAUUUGCCAGACCAAAUCAAGUUUCUAGUUCAGUGCAGGUGUGUCCUGAAAUUGCAAAGAAAAAUUUACUUAAAGUCCUGAAGGAGACUUUGAUCGAGUGGAAGACAGAAGAAACUUUGAGGUUUUUAUACGGUCAGAAUUAUACUUCUGUGUGUCUGAAGCCCUCUUCAGCAUCUAUGGUUAAUGAAGAACUUGAUGAAGAUGACAUCAACCCUGACCCAGAUAGUCAUUCUCCUGCUUUGAGAGAAUCUCAGAACAGCCUGGAUGAGUCUCUACCUUUUACAGGUUCAGAGACAGCCAUUAAACCACUGCCAAGUUAUGAGAACUUGAAAAAAGAAACCGAAACAUUAAAUCUAAGGAUCAGAGAGUUUUUUAGAGGACGAUAUGUUUUGAAUGAAGAAACCACCAAAUCAGAAGAUUCAGAAGAGCAUGAUCCCACCUUUCCACUGGUAGACUCAAGUUCCCAGAACCAGAUCAGAAAACGCAUUGUGCUUGAAAAAUUGAGUAAAGUAUUGCCUGCACUUCUGGGUCCUCUUCAGAUUACAUUAGCAGAUAUUUAUACACAACUUAAAAACCUUGUCCGAACUUUCAGAUUAACAAAUAGAAAUAUUAUACACAAACCUGCAGAAUGGACUUUAAUUGCUAUGGUGUUGCUGUCAUUACUGGCCCCGAUUCUUGGCAUUCAGAAGCAUUCACAGGAAAACACGGUGUUCACACAGUUUAUAGCCACCCUGCUGGAUGAAUUACAUUUAAAGAAUGAAGACCUUGAAAGUUUAACCACCAUAUUUAAAACAAGCUGUCAACCAGAGUGAUAUAAUCCAAGAAGGCAGAAUAGAAGAUGGAGUUCUCUUCCCUCUUUCUGGAAUUCUAGCCCCAGUGGGAAUCUGGUAGUAACUGAUAAUUAGCUUUGUUCCAAGAAAGAACGCCUACCUCCCAGUGCCUAACUGCAGAGAAUGACUUUCCCAGAUAGAGGAGAACCAUUACUCCAGCAAGGAUAACCAAGUCCACGAAACCUACCCACGAGACGUUGUAUCUUCAUUUGAAAAUGAAAGAUGAAGUCUUAAGUUGAAACUUGAAUGAGUAUUCAAGAAAAUAUAAUUACCUCUUAAUUUUUCUGGAUGAUUCUAGCCAUCAUAUAAGUUAACCAAAAGCUGAGAAAGUUAUUAUUUUGGCCUCCCAAUCUAACUUCUAGAUUCUAGUGAACAACAAUUAGGUCAAUAAAUGCAAAUUAAGAUGAAGCCCUUUGGAAGUCUAAUCAUUAUUCUUUUAAAGAAGCUGUAAAAUGGGCCUAAGCAACAUAGUUAAUCUCAUAAGUCCAAAACACAAGAAUCUCAGAACUUUCUGGACUGAAGGUUUUUAAACAUGGGAUAUGUAGGGGCCGGCGCUGUGCAUAGUGGGAAAAGCUACCGCCUGUAGUGCUGGCAACCUAUAUGGGCGCUGGUUCAAGCCCCUGCUGCUCCACUUCCGAUCCAGCUCUCUGCUAUGGCCUGGGAAUGCAGUAGAAGAUGGCUCAAGUCCUUGGGCCCCUGCACCCACGUGGGAGACCUGGAAGAAGCUCCUGGCUCCUGGCUUUGGAUCAACGCAGCUCCAGCUAUUGUGGCCAAUUGGGGAGUGAACCAGCAGAUCAAGACCUCUCUCUCUCUCUCCCUCUCCCUCUCCCCCCCUUCCUCUCCCUCUCCCUCUCUCCCGCCACCCCCAUAACUAGGCCUUUCAAAUAAAUAAAUAUUUUUAAAAAAUAAAAAAGAAUCUUGAGAAUUUGGGUUGCUUUAUAAAAUGUCUGUCAAACAAGCAAAUUAGGAAGACCUCCAGAACAUUUGAAGGGGCGGUCUCAGACAAUUUGGGGUUACUAAAAGAAAAAAAAAGUUAAAAGCAGAUCUAUACUUUUUUUUAAGUAUUUAUUUGAAAGAGUUAAGUCAGAAAGGGAAAGACAGAGAAAGGAGUCUUCCAUCUGCUGAUUCACUUCCCAAGUAGCUGCAACAGCCAGGGCUGAGUAAGGCCAAAGCUAGGAGCUCUGGUAUCCAACAUGAAUGGCAGGGGCCCAAGCACUUAGGCCAUCUGCUGCUGCUUUUCCUACGCCGUUAGCAGGGAGCUGGAUCAGAAGUGGAGCAGCUGGGACACAAACGUGAGCCCUCUGCGUCAUGGUGAUUUUACCUGCUGUGCCACAAUGCUGGCCUCCUGAUCUGUUCUUUGGACACUGGAGGAAACGGCAGCUGUUAAAGCCCAGUCAUGGAAAGGGACCAGAAAGCAGCCAGGAGGGCUGGGGAGGUUUGUGGGCAGGGAGGCAGAAAUAGGAAUUCUCUUGUCUCUGCCAAUAAUUGGUUCUGUGGCCAAGUCACAUAAACUUUCUGCACUUGAGUGCUGUACUCUGUGACGUACAGUCUUUUUGGGAAAGGACUGCAAACUAAACUACCGGGUAAGCAGUGUGACACAGCUGGUUAAGCCGCCGCUUGCAAUGCUGACAGCUGUCCUAUAUCAGAGCAUGAGCCUGGGCUGCUCUACUUUUGAUUCAGCUCCUUGCAGGUGCACAUGGAAAGGCAGUGGAAGAUGGCCUAAGUGUUUGGGUCCAUGCCACCCUUGUGGGAGACCCAGAUGGAGUUCAUCCCAUCCAACUGGCUGAAGAUCUAACAACAGAAAAAGAGUGGACUAGAAUUAAUCCAGUUGAGCAAGGUCACAGCUCAGUAUCAAUAUACAAGUCAAUUUUUGUAUACUAGCAAUGAGAAAAUCCAAAAACAAAAUUAAGAGAACAGUUGUAUUCACAACAACACCAAAAUGAAUUAAAUACUUAGGAAUAAAUUUAUUAAAGAAAUACAACACUUAAAAUGGAAAGUAUAGGGGGCCGGUGCUGUGGCACAGCAGGUUAACACCCUGGCCUGAAGCGCCGGCAUCCCAUAUGGACGCUGGUUCAAGACCAGGCUGCUCCACUUCCAAUCCAGCUCUCUGCUAUGGCCUGGGAAAGCAGUAGAAGAUGGCUCAAGUCCUUGGGCCCCUGCACCCACGUGGAAGACCUGGAAGAAGCUCCUAGCUCCUGGCUUCAGAUUGGCGCAGCUCCGGCCGUUGUGGCCAAUUGGGGAGUGAACCAUCAGAUGGAAGACCUCUCUCUCUUUCUCUCUCUCUCUCUGCCUCUCCUCCCUCUGUGUAACUCUGACUUUCAAAUAAAUAAGUAAAUCAUAAAAAAAUAAAUAAAUGGAAAGUAUAAAGCAUUCAGAGAAAUUAAAGCAGAUAUAAAUAAAUGUAGAUGCAUUCCAUGUUCAUUCAUUGGAGCAUACAUUAUUGUUAAGGUAACGAUUCUGGGGCAGUCACUUGACCUGGUGAGUUAAGGCACCUGUGUCCCAUAUCAGAUUGCUUGGGUUCAGUGCCUGCCUCUUGUUCCUGAUUCCAGGUUCAAAGCAAUGCAGA